AUGGUAGACAACAAUGAGAUUCCACCACCCGUGGGAAGGUUUGGCGACACUCUUAGGUCGGGAAUUGAGUACCCGGGAGAGUUUGCUUAUGCAAACGAUAACGUCAACAUUCCACCUCACUAUAUUAGUUUGGUGAAUGGAGAAAAUCUUUUCCAUGGACGGGAUGAUGAAGAUCCGGUGAGCCAUCUGAAUGCUUUUUAUGAAUUGACCAAUUCUCAUAGACCUCCAAAUGAGGAGCACCAUCGGAUUAAGAGGGCAUUAUUUCCGUUCUCAUUGAGGGAGAAAGCAAGAGCAUGGUAUGAUUCAUUACCGGGUUACAACAUAGCAACCUUCCAAGAGUUGAAGUCGUUGUUUCUUUCGGAGUACAACUCUCUAAUGAAGAUCGAGAAGUUGAGAGAGGAGAUCACCUCAUUCCAACGGAAAUAUGAUGAGUCUUUCGCAGAAGCUUGGAAGAGAUUCACAGAAAUGCUAAGGAUAUGCCCAAGUCAUGGUUUAGCUCCGAGGCAUGACCUCUUGAAGUUCUACAAAGGACUCAACAAUGAAGGCACGGGAUUAGUCACAGCGGGCUCAAAUGGGAACUUGGAUGAUCUCACUCAUGAUGAAGUAAGAGCCUUGUUUCAAAGGUUGGCAAAUAAUCAAAGGAAUUGGCAUAAUCCAAGAAGAGCGGCUGAGAAGGCAGGAGAUACAUUUGGUGCUACUAAGGAUGCUGAGAGAGUGACAGCAAUCGAGGCUCAAUUGGCGGAUAUAAGUACUCAAAUGUCGUCAAUGACAAAGGCAGUUAAAUCUCUUCAACUGACUCCUCAACCUCAAGCAGUGACUGUGAUGAAGUGUGGGUUGUGCCAAGGUGGACAUCAUACGGAUCAAUGUCCAAGUCUUCAAGGACCGCCAGUGGAGGAUGUGAACUACAUUGGUAACAAUCGACAAGGGUUCAACCAAGGCAACCAAUACAACAAUCAGCAGAAUUGGAGGCCUCAACAAGCAAACUGGAAUCAAGCUGAUAAGACGGUGGAAAAGUUUGGGCAGAUCGAUGCUACAAUGAGGAAUCUUGAGACUCAAAUUGGACAGCUUGCUAUGGCAUCACACAUAAGGAUUCCUAAUACCAUCCCAAGUAAUACAGUGCCCAAUCCGAGAGGUAAUGAACAGUGUAAGUCAGUGAUUUUGAGAAGUGGUCGCGAGUUAAAUUCGACACCAUUAAUGGACGGCCAAGGUACUUCUGGCAUCUCACACGCAGGGGCGGAUGAGAUGUUAGGCUUGUAUUCCUCGCACACAGGGGCGGACGAGGUUGCAUCCGGCAGCAAGGAAUAUGGUGAAGAAUUCGAUGCAAGUGGAAAGUGUUCAGUAGAAGAGAAAGGCAAGAAGAUAGUGGAAAUGGAGUCAAAGAAAAAGAUGAUGACAAGUCCAGCACUAGAUCCGAAGAGCAAGUUCAACUUCCCCGAUCAUAUUCCUCCUCCACCAUAUCUACCUAAGAGGAAGAAGAUGGUUCCAAAAGAGAAAAGCUUUGAGUGGAUGAUGAAUGUGAUCCGAAAAGUGAAUGUGGAUGUAUCAUUAGUGGAUCUCUUCACUAAUUUUCCCAAGUUCUCCAAGUUCUUCAAGGACAUGAUGGCAAACAAGAAGAAAUUACAAGAUGAGGGGAUAGUGGCAUUGAGCAUGAAUUGCUCACAACUGAUUUCAGGAAUGAUGCCAAUGAAGAAGAGGGAACUCGGAAGUUGUGUGAUCCCUUGUGAGAUUGGGAAUACAAUCUUCACAAAAUGCUUACUAGAUCAAGGAUCGAGAAUCUCACUCAUGGCAUUGAAAACUGCUCGUGCCAUUGGACUGGAGGAUAGAAUGGAGCCCAUCGACAUUGCUCUACAAUUGGUUGAUCAUUCCAUCGUGAAGCCCACUGGAAUAGUAGAGGAUGUCUUGGUCAAAGUCGACAAAUUUGUCAUCCCUGUUGACUUUAUAGUAUUGGAUAUGCCCGAGGACAAAGAGGUACCAAUUCUGUUUGGUAGACCAUUUCUUGCCACUGGAGAUGUGUUGCUUGGAGCAAAAGACAACUCUGCCACGUUCAGAAUUAAUGGUGAGCAAGUGACCAUUAAUGUAGAAAAGGCAAUGAAGCACCCUAGCGAUGCAAAAGCGUGCUUUAGAGUUGAUGUCCUCGACAAGUGCAUAUUUGACAAGAUGUGUUGCUCGGCAAGAAUAGAAGGAAGCGUGUAUGACAAAGGGAGUUUGGAGAGAGAUUAUGGUUCGACACUUAAAGUAUUUUGA